ACAGAUAAGACAUAUCUUUAUCAUGGACAGUCUCUAUAGUCUGUGUGUUAUUCUUUGUUUUGCAACUACUGUUGCUUUAGCACUAACAGAAUCAAGAGAUGCUAAAUGGAGGGUCCAUAUGGAAGAAAGGAUGGAAGAAAUGCUUCAGAUGAUACAAAGACAAAAUGAAGUGAUUGAAAAACAGACUAACACCAUUGAAGAACAGAUGAAAACUAUUGAUAAACAAGAGUUGGAAAUCAAUAAUCUCCAAGAUAGGGUUGUGAAGCUGGAAAGGUCUGACAGCCAAAAACAAAAAAGUUCAUCAGAAAUAUUCACUGACAUGUCCACUCCAAAUGGAACCAUCUUAUCUUAUGAAAAAGAUCACAUGCACAAUGAAGAUUCCAAAUCCAUUUUAAUUCGACGACUCCUAACACCCGAAGUCGCUCACAAUUCUGUAGCAUUUUAUGCCUACAUUUCCAAUGAUUUUGGUGGAGUUGGGAAGCAUCAUGUUUUCGUGUAUGAUACUGAGGUGACAAACCAAGGCAACGCCUAUAACAAACACACAGGUGUAUUCACUGCGCCUACUACUGGGUUAUACGCGUUCUGCUACACGGCCUUUGCCUCGGGUGAGCAUGUUGCAGGGGAAACUGGUAAUUAUGGGGAAGUUUCUGUCCAGCUGGUUCAUAACGGCGCCUACAAGGGUUCCAUUUAUGUUGAUACGGAAACCAACUGGGAAGAAGAAAUGGCUACUGGAUUUGCUAUCCUCAUGUUGCAAGCAGGAGAUGAUGUUGUAACCAUGUCAAAAGACGUUGGCCAGGGUUCUUAUCAUAGCAACGAUAUUGGGAGAUGGUCAUUUUCUGGUUUUCAGAUUUCCUGAGAUAUUAUCUUAGAAAUAAAAAUGAGAAUUAAAGUUACAAUGCACUA